GUCUCGCUCACUCCCGCCGCCGAAGUGUGUCUAUAAUGACUCCUCGUGGUGGGACGAUACCGGAAGUGAAGCCAGGACGGCGGAACCACGACGUUCACUCAAUGGAAAGUUUGAGCUCCGCCGGCGCGGGCCUUCUCCAAGGUGGCUUGUCGUACACGCUCGCUCUCUCGUGCGCGCCGAAGGAAAAUCCGCUUCUUUCGACCGGCGCGCGCUCGGCAUUCGCGCGAACGCGAGUCACGCGCGAGCAGCUCCCGAGGAAAAGUCGCGUCGAUAUCCCGUCCUCGCGGAGGGCUCGCUGAAGGUGCCGGCCGUUUACGAGGCGAGCCAGUUGCGGACACUCGGGUGGUGAAAGCUCCUGGGAUUUCGGGAUGUUAAUAUUCGAUUCGGCAUCCGGCGCGGCAGGUAGAUCGAGGGGAGAACAAAGGACCCGGUGAAAAAGUAAUCCGAGGACCCGGAAGCAAUAAUGUGAACUGACUGAGUCGCAAGUAGAUGAACGUCGGCUUUGGUGCGCCGUGUUGGCCGACGGAAUUUCCUUGAGAUCGGCGAACGGGAAUAAAAGAUUGGACGUCCGCGGAUCUGAUAUUCGGAGGAAUAAGCGAAUGGCUGGGUUGAACGUAAUCUCGCAUUCCGACCGAGGAAGUUCCGAUCGUGCGAUGGGCAAAUUCAAGAAGGUGGAUGACAGAUCGUUCAAUCAGAAGGAAAAUUUGCAAAACGGAAUUAAUGAAGACUGAGGAGAUCUAGGAGAAACAUCUAUUUGAAGUUGCAUUAUCGUGGCAAACAAAGUGCAUUUUAUUGUGAAGCGCCGGAAGUCUCGGGGAGCAGCAAAUAGCAUCGUCGAGUAAUCAAGGCAGCGGUUGAAUAAAUUGGAUCGGGGAUAUUACAAGAACGGUCGAGAGAGGGGAGAAGCGGGAGAGGAAGGAAGGUAGAAAAAGGACGCGCAAGGAAAGUCGCCAUUAAGCUGCGGCAAAGAAAAAGGGCUUUCUCCCCCUCCCCUCCCCCGCGGAAAAGAGAAGGGCCGUUAAAUCUCGCGAGAGACAUCGCGCGUUAACUUCCAUCGCGCGCAAAUUUGAGAGCGUCGAAAUUAUCAGGAGUUUCGUCAGGAAAAUCGGGAGGGGGAAAAACCAUCCCUCGCCGUUCGGCAAUUUUUUUCCUUCCCGGGACGCCGAACGUUUCGGUUCGUCAGCGCGCGGAAUGCAUAAAGCCCGCUGAACGAGGAAAGUUAUUCCGUGGUCUGGCUUGAAAUGCGUUCUCUCUUCGCGCGCAACCGGCAUGAAAAAUAGGGGAGUUUUCGCUGCGCCGAACAAUAAGCAUUUUCGCGUGAAAGUGACAAGAUGAUGACGGCCUUUGAGAAAAAGGAAAAAAAGACCCAUGUGAUUUUCGCGGGUGGGACAAAAGGUGGUCUGUGAAACGGAAGUCCGUCGCGAGAAAGAAUACUAAUUAACCCAAUUCCUGCCGAAGUUGCGUUAACGAACCGGCACACGUUUCAGCUCGUUGUGUUAUCGCCCGCCCCUCCCCGACGUUUCCUUAAUUAAAACGAAAUCACUGUCCUCGCGCGUCAAUUACAAAAAUACCGCGUACGGCGCCGUAAGAAUAUAAAUUAGCGUGUCCCAACGAGAGCGCAGCGGUGCCCCGUGCGAGGAAAUUAGCGAAACUAAUUUGAGAUAAACUGCCGCGUCUUAAUGAAGGAGAACUAAUGAACUUUGUAAUCUUAUAAAGUGCUCGGCGUGUCCGACGCGGCAGCUGGCAGUCUGUCAUCGUCGGGACACCUUCCCGGGUAAAACAAAGAAUUUGCUGACGCGCGGCGAAAAGACUUUCAAUUUGUACAAGAAGCCGCGUCUUGGGUGGCCCUUGUGCCCCAGUCGUCUUAUUUCUCUCCGCGCGAUCAGCACGUUACACUUUUUUACGAUUUGCGGGCCAGUCUGGGUAUAACGUUAAAACGUUGACUGAUGAUUAUAAUAAUCGGCCGCGACCACGGGCGAGAGGAUUUCAUCUAAGGACGCCCAUCAUCCGAAACGACACGCGCGUCGGGUCGAACAGACGCGGGGCUUGUCAUUGACGGUAAUUCGCUCGGCGGGGUGACCGUCGGGGGUGAAAACGGGAGACUCGAAGCGCAUUUGUGAAAGUAUCCGUCAGAGAUGGUCAGCCAACACGCGAUGGCCACCACCGUCCGCAAAGUUAAGCAGGAGAAUCGUCUCAGGCGGCAGAAUCAGAGCCAAGAUGAAGAGGGGCCUUACAAGCCAGUGCCACCGCCGAAACCGGUGCCGAACAAUCAGAAGACUCAGGACGUUCAGCAGAACGAACACCGGGAGCAGCCGGUAGCUGAGCGUCCGUCAUUGCGCACGACUUCCGGUCCGGAAAGGACCGUCGCGGAGGACGGGCAGGUUCGUAGCGCAGCCGGGCAGCCCUUCGCACCGGAAUACAGAAUGCCACCCUUGUACGGGGAGGAGCAGAGUUCGGGUCAGGCUCAACAGGCGGCCAGUUUGCAAACUCAUAGCAGCAAGUUCCCGAUAGAACGCGAGCUGAUCCUGUCGUCGGGAGACAAGAAUUCCAAGAUCCCCAUUCUUCACGAAUACAAACAGAGGACCGCCGGAAGAGUCGCCAUCGCGCCGGAUGCGCCGAUCAAGCAACAGGCCUGGGUUCAGGAGGGAACUCAGAUGCAGGAAGUUAGACAGGACGGCCAAGCGAGGAAUUAUCAGUCACAGGACGCCUACUCAUCGACGUCUAGCGGUGCGGUGCCGAGAACGGCGAAGAUUGACGAGGAAAAGACAAAGUCACUCUCCAGAACUUAUCACACGAUCAAGGACAUGAUCUCGAGCCGUUUCGGGCCGAGUCGCAAGGACGCCGAGCCGGAACCGGAAGCCAGUCUGAACAACGUCACGGAGGAGCUGCGAAAGUCGAGCAGGAGCAUCGACGAUGACGAGGCCAGGAAGAAGGAAGGGAUUUACGGAAAACCCCGCGCGCAGGAGCCGUCGGUUAAUGUGCAACAAUAUCCGAAGAAUGCUUACGGUCAGUACGGCCACUCGUAUGGCUAUCAAAGCAACCAACAAAAUGUACCUCUGCCAGGGCAACUGCAGCCAACCGCGACCAUUCAGCCAAAUUUACCAGGACAGAGCGCUCAGCUUCACGUGACCCACCACACUCCGCCAGGAGGAAUUCAAACAGUUCAUCAAACCCAAGUUCCUGCUUUCGGCCAAACCGCGACAGGUGCGCAGCAGGUGCAAAAUGUUACGAGGGAGUACAUGGUUCAGACAACGGGCGGUAUGACCGGGCAGCAAAUACAUCAGGGAAUCCAUCAGAAUCCCACGCAAGCACAGGGGCAAGGCACGCAAGUGCAAAAACCGCACGGUCUAUCCGUGCAACAGCAUCAAGUGGGCAACGCGAUGCCGCCGACAAGCCCGAGCUUCCAGAGUUCUCAGCAGUUGCUUCAUCAGAACCAGAACCAUCAUCAGAGUCCGCGGUUCGCGCAGCAGCACGCCCAGAACAUGCAUCAGCGUCAGCAGUUGAUUCAGCAAAUGCACCAGCAACAAAUGGCCGGCCAACAGGGAUCGCAGACCGCGAGCGUCCGGAACAUGCAGCAGUCGUAUUUCCCUAACAGCGUCUCCUAUCAGCAGUAUCAGCAGGCGCGACAGGCGAUGUCGAGGUCGCAGAUCGAUCUCCCGAGCACGUCAAGACAAACGCAAGAGCUUCGGGUAUCGGGCCAAGAAAUCUACUAUCAUUACGCCCAAGGAAGACCUCGUUACGGCGUUCCCCAGGUAUACAUGAAGACCGAGAGUAAUCAGGAAACGGAGUUUCAGAGGCGGAACUCCGCGAAGGGUAUCGAGAAGGCGGCUUCGCAGCCGCAGCUCUGUUACGAGGACGAGCGAAACGCUGAGGUUUCCAAGAAUCCCUCGGAGAAUAUGAAGAACUUGACGGUAGAUCCGCUGGAUAAAGAGAGAUACGAGAUCACAGUGGAAGAUCGAAGUCAAUGCGAGCCCGGAAGAAACGGAUUACAAAGGAACGAGGAGUACCGUCCGGAAACCAGCUUUGGCAUUCGGAGAGAUGAGACGCGGACUUCGAAGAGGGAGCAGGAGCAGGGAUCGUCGGGUCAAGAGGGAGGUCAGGAUUCGACGGAGGGAAACUCCGUGCAGAAGAGGAUCGAAGAGUUGCAGAAGAGAGCGGAGCAGGAGGGUCAUUUCAACUCCAAGCCACUAAAAGACGAUGCGGACGGCUUAAGGGUCGGCCUGGCUACGAAAAUGAUCGGCGAGGCAUCGAAGAGGCUCGACGGUGGACAAUAUAGCGGGAAGGAGCCCGUUGUGAAAUCAGAUAGGAAAGACGAUCUCGAGCAGGGUAUCGGCCGGCUGAAGAUCCAGAAUCAAGGCUCGGGCUCGGAUUACGACAAGGCCGGCCAGAGUUCUUCGAAUGUCGAUUCCGGAAGGGGCUCCGCAGUCUAUUCGAGUGGAAGGCGCCCGCCGCCCGAUGAUCAAACUUUGGCGCAAGUACAAGAUUCCGAGUGGGUAGACAUAGUGGAGUCGGAGUUGAGAAGUAUUUUGGAGCCCAGGGACGUUCCAGCGAUGGCGCACUCCACAUUGUCCGAAAGUGUAUCCUCGGUGACGCCGCCUCUGCCACCUCUGUCACCCCAUGACAGCCCACGUACGCCGAGAAAUCGAUACUCAACGAGUUUACCGUACGGGUCGAAACCAAAUUACAGCGAUUACGGCAAGGCUAUGGAAAAAAGAGGUUUCUCGAGUAGCACGAAACAUCGUGGCGCUUCGACGUCCAAGAAGGAAGCUGCGAAAAAGUUUUCUCAUCUCUUCGGGGUAGAGGCUGCUGAUUUAACAUCCACCACGACAGGACUUGACUUGGAUUCCAUGUUGGACAGAAGUGACUCCGAUCUCAGUACGACCGAUGCAAGGACAAUCAGAAAACAGUUGGAAGGCUUAGAAAAUAUGUAUAGCGAAGUACUUAAAUUACUUGGCGGGAGCGUGAAAAAGAGGCGGAAGACGAGAGGACUCACUAGUUAUGGUUCGGUUUCGUCGUUGCCGACAUCCUCCGUGUCAUCGAGGCCUGUCACGAGGCAUCAUGAUAAACGUAGAUCGCACGUGAUUGACGACAGGAUGAAGAAAGCCAAAGACAUUAAGAGCAUCAACAAGCGUUUUCAGCGACUGGAGUCGCACGUGGUGACAUUGGCAAGAUCAGUAGCCCACCUGAGUUCAGAGAUGAGGACCCAGCAUCUGAUGAUUCAGGAAAUGGAGAGCAUAAAGUGCGAGAUCGCAGCCCUCAGGACGCAAACGAGCAUGGCGAUGGUGAGGUCACAGUCGCAACCACUGAUCAAGGAUUCGGAACUGCCGGCACUUUCGAACCCUUCGAGGGUGAAGAAACUGACCAAGUUCUUCGGCACGGAGCCACCUCUCAUCAGGCUGUUCCUGAGGGAACUUGGGUAUGAGAAAUACGCGAUCGCUUUCGAGAAAGAGAAAGUCGGGAUGGUGGAGUUGCCUUAUCUGAGCGAGGAGAGACUUCAGAAGAUGGGGGUCCCCCUGGGUCCAAGGCUGAGGAUCCUCCAGGAAGCAAGGAUCUCAGUGUGCAAGGAUCCGAUUUACGUAGUAUAAAUUCUCAGGACGGCACAAAAACGUUCCGCGACGCAAGCAGAGCGAAUCGCGGAGAAAACGCGGAUAAAGAGAAAAAUGAAUGAAGACCUAGCGAGGAGUAUUCGUUUUGUGCCGCCGUCCCGACGAACGCAUUAGGACGUUUCUCGAGGAAUUUCUCGUAAACGAACCCCCCGAGCUCGAAAACGGUCCGUUUGAGCGACCGCUCUUUUCCCCGUUUCAAUCAAUAGCUGUUUGAAAGCUACGCUCGCCGAAACGCUGAAAUCGUCUCGCCGUGUCUUCGGGUCGACAGAUUUGUUCUGUCGUGGGCGUUCACCGCUGCACAUUAAUUCCAAGAGAAAAAGAUCCGGCAAUGUAGCCGUUAUAGCCAAUGUAAAAUGGUAACGCAAUUAACAAAAGAUCGCUUUUGUCCGAUAAGUUAAAAUUGUGAAGAAGAAUUUUUCAGCAUAUAUAUUUGCGCAUUUAAAUAAAAACUUGAUAUAGAAAAUGCCGUCAGCACAAAAAAAGAAUGGAAAUAUCGGUUUCUCAAAGAAAUUUUCCAAAAA